GUCUUACUCAAUUGGGUUUGUAUCUUUUGCCCUUCUACCUUCAUUUGAAAUUUUGAGCCAAAUGAAAGACUCUGUGAACUAUGUGGCUGACACUUGGUGUUGGGAGUCUCAUUCGAUAUCCUAUUCUUUCUUAAUUCAAGGAGCAACAUCUGAAUCAUGAAUGAGAAACAGGGAGUAUAUUCAUUACCUGAAAUGUUGAUGAUAAAUGAAUGAAGGGGAAAGAGUGCCAAGUCUCAAAUCUCAACUGGUCCUUGUUCCCCUUUCCCAGAGUUUCAAAGCUCUUCAUUGUCAGUUAGUUAAGUUGCAGAUUGCCAACUCAAAGAUGGAGAUACGCAGCAUAAGACAAGCUACCCCCUAUCACAGAGAUCUUGCAGUUUCAAAGAGCCUAUUAAGGUAAGACCCCUAAACAAAGAAAUAUGGAUAUGCUGAGUGAGAGUGGAGGAGGUAUCAUCGAAGCUCUAAAUGCAACUGUUCAUGGAAAUGGCACCCGAACCUUAGUUCUAUCUCAUGGGUUUGGCUUUGACCAGUCUGUUUGGCACUACCUCAUCCCUUACCUUGCAUGCUACUUCAAGGUGGUGGUUUUUGAUCUAAUCUUCGUAAAUCCCAACCUUUAUGAUCCAAAAAAGUACUCAAAUUUCGAUUCCUACGCACAAGACUUGGUAUGCCUCCUUGAUCAGCUCAAUGUGAAGAAGACCAUCUAUCUGGGUCAUUCCAUGUCAGCCAUGAUUGGAUGCAUAGCUGCAACAAAGAGACCGGAUCUCUUUGAACACCUUAUCCUCCUAGGUGGCUCUCCAAGGUACUUAAAUGCAGAAGGAUAUUAUGGGGGAUUUGAGAGAUCAGAUAUCGACAAAAUCUUCGAAGCAAUAAAUGAAAAUUUCCCAGUUUGGGUUCAAAAUUUUGUUCCCAUGGCAGUGGGCAUCAACAACUCUGCAGCCAUAGCUGAGUUCGAGUACAGCUUGGGGAGGAUGAAACCGGAGAUAGUGCUUAGUGUCGCUAAAACUGUCUUCCUGAGUGACCUAAGACUCGUUCUACCACAAGUUAAAGUGCCUUGCACCAUUAUCCAAUCCAGAGAAGAUAUUGUUGCUCCAACAUUCAUCGCAUGCUACAUGAAGGAAAACCUUGGUGACGAUGCUACGGUUAAGAUACUGGAAACACAAGGCCAUUUUCCACAGCUAACAGCUUUCCCUUUGCUUUUGGAUGCUUUAAACCAAGUUUUAUCCAUUCCAUAGAAGCUGGUUGUAUCUAAGAACUUAGAAUUUAAGGUUUGGCUCAAGUGUCUAUGUUUUUUUGUUUCCUUUCGUAUUUUUGUUUCUUUUCUGGACAUUUUAAGGAUUUCAUCAAAGUUGGAUCGUCAAAACUGAACUGCCUUCUUUUGAAAUGAAUGUAGUGUAUUAAUGGGUGUUGGUGAAAGUCAA